AUGGAUGAAGAAACAAUUAGGACACAAGUUAGACCGUAUUACGAUUCAGAUAAUUUUGAUGCUGGUUAUUUAGCUGUUUUCAAGCCUGAUCAAGGUGUGAUAGAUCCUGAUGGCAAUACAAUUGCUUCUAAAUUAAAUAUCGUACAGUCAUUAAACAAGGGUAUACUUACAAACAAUGGUUCAAGUGACAAAACUGGUAACUUUAUAUCAAGAAUCUUAUCAGGAUGGACAAAGGGUAUAUCAGAUGUUAAUAAGAAUAGUAUGCUUAAUACAGGUACCGGUCGUGGUUCUUUUUCUGAUACUAUAGAUUCUGUUAGUAAUAAACGUAUUGAGGAUUUAGAAUGGGGUGAUUUGUUAAGUAUAAAUACUUGGAAAAAAAUAAUGGGUCAACUAUUUGAAGAAUUCACUAGAAGGUAUCUACAACAUUUAAUACAACAGCCUUUCGAAGUAAGCAGAUGUUUGUUACAAGUUGGUGAUUUUACGGAUGCAUUAGCAGAGAGAAAUAAAGACAAAAACAAAAAGCCACCUAUUAUAUUAAAAAACAAUGAAGGGAACACUUCUGAUUUUGAAGAAGAGAUUAAUUUCUUCCCAGAUAAGUCGGAAGACAAAGAACCUUCUAGCAGUGAUAUGAAGACAGCUGUUGACGACAACCCAAUUCAUAAUGCCAAAAAUGAAACUUCAUUAAUACAACCUGAAUCGCUGAAUGUUAUGGAUGUAAUGAAUUCAUUGAUAGAAAAAGAAGGUAUCCGUGGUUUAUGGAGAGCGAAUAAUACUACCUUUAUUUAUAACUUUUUGAAUCUAACUCUGACUGUUUGGUUUAUUGGAUUGUUCUCCCCAUUUUUAGGGAUCUCUGAUCCUAACUUUUUGGAUUCUAUAUUACAAUCUAAUAUUACAUAUUCAUCUAUGAAAGAAUUGAAAGUAUCUGUUGUUCUAACUUUAUGUUCAAAUGCUCUUACAAAUAUUAUAAUUAUGCCUUUAGAUUUAAUCAGAACGAAACUGCUAGUCACUAGAAUUCAACAACCUAUUUCAAAUGAUAAUAAAAAUAACCGCAAUGAUUCUUCUGUGAAGCCUCCAACAAGAAGUUUAAGAGAAAUGAUAAAGGACUGGUCUUGGAAGUUGGAUGCUCCAAAAAUUCCUUUUGAUAUAUGGGUUUUGACUAUUUUAAAUUCAUUGACAUCCAGUAGUAGAACCUCUUCGAGUAUUUUUAGUGAAAAAAUGUUUACGUUAUUAUGGGAAAAACAAUUAGGAUUUAGUAAAGAUUCUUCGACUCUAAAAUUAUAUCAUAUUUCCUUUUGUGUGUACGAAAUGCUAGGUAUUUUUAUUAAACUUCCAAUUGAAACAAUGUUACGUCGCUGUCAAGUUAAAUAUUUAUUAGAAAGAAAAACUGAUAAAAUCAGCAUUGAUAAAGAUGAAUUGAUUAUAAGUCCAAUUAAAUACAAUAAAAAAAUAUUAUUAUUAAAGAAAGAAUAUAAAAAUAAGGAUAUCAAUUCAAAUAAGGAAAGUGCAGGAAGAAAUAUAAUUGCACUUUGGAAUGGUUGGAAAAUUAGUAUUAUGAGUUUGUUAUGCGGCUAUGGUUUAAAAUUAUUACAAAAGGAUGAAAGGUCGAUUGAACUAGAAUUCUAG